AUGGCCAGCGAAACACCACAAAAACCCCCAAUCACAUGCCACGUCCUCGACACGACGCUCGGGCGGCCCGCUCCCAACAUCCCCGUCACCCUGACCCUCCACGCUUCUCCCAGCACCUCGGCCUCCUCCCUCAGCACCUUUAGCGCCACUACUAACGCUGACGGACGCGUAACUGCCUGGACGCCCAGCACGCCUUUUUCCGCCACGUCUCUCUCCUCGCUCUUCAAUCUACCCGAGGACCAGACGUACAGCCUGACGUUCAACACGGCCGAGUACUUUGGAUCGAGAAACAUAAAGGCGUUUUUCCCAGAGGUCCAAGUCAAGUUUUUGGUGAGGGCAGAGGCAAAACAGGAGCAUUAUCAUGUCCCGGUGCUGUUGGGGCCGUUUGGAUAUACGACGUAUCGGGGGAGUUAG